CUGCUUCACGUCUAAAAACUAUCGAAGUCAGCACACACUGCCCAUCACGACUUCUACGCUUGCGUCAUCCAGAAAGGCUACAAGAGCAACAACCCGUAUGUCAAGAGCAACGACUGCUCAUGCUAAUGACGCUUUUUCUACACCGAUUCGUUCAACACCUUUGCUGACUGUCUUGCCUCGUGGUUCUACCAAUGCUAUGGUCACGAAACGUAAAUUCACGUCACAAAUACACACAACACAAAUUUCUAGCGCCAAUAAUUCCGUCCAGUCAACGUCAGCCACAACUCGUAAAACAACGACACAACCGAUUGCAAAUUCAGACGUGACUGUAAUAGCAAAUGAAGGAAAAUCGAGUUCUUCGAACACCAUAAUGUACGCAGCAGUUGCUGCUGCAAUUGGAGUCAUUGUUUUAAUCGUGUUUGUAAUUUCUGCUUUUCUCUUCCGGAUACGAAAAGCAAGCAAGCUGGAGUCCGAGACAUUUAACUCACAUUUGGCAGGAAGACCAUACGCACGCAGCGUUGUUGAUAAUUCUACAAACUCACAUGCUCACUUUGCUAAACGCGGAUCAGCAAUGAACGUAACUGUCUAUUGUGAUCCUACAACAUCAAUGAUGAGGAAACCAACACGAGCAUCAUCUCAAAGUGCAAACGGUGUAAUGACAGGCGCUCAUUUUACUAAACAGGAAUCAGCAAUGAACGUAGAAGUAUGCUGUGAUCCUACCCUAUCAAUGAUGAGAAACCCAACACAAAGACCAACUGAUGUGAUUGAAGAUGAGGAGGGAUACUCAUCCUGCGCUCUUGUAGACACAUUUCAAAGAGGGAGAAAAGAGAAAAUGCAUCUUGGUUUUUCGAAUAAGUUAUUUGACACGCAGGUUGAGUUGCCCGCUCCCGAGGCAAAGGCAACGCUAAAGAAGCAAAACGUAUACACAACGUCACCGUGUGCAAAUGCAAACUACGAUAAUAGUAAUGAUCAGUACUGGGAACCGGCUUCCACGGAAUGGGAACUUUACAGUCAACUUGAACAGCGGCAAUACAGAAAGAUCGACAGAAGUGACGUCACCGACAGGAAAGCGAUUGGAUCAGGGGAAUUUGGCGUUGUAGAGAAAGUAGUGUGGAAAGUGCAUGAUGGAAGGAAGCUGGCAGUCGCGGUCAAGACUCUGGCAAAUGAAGCCAAUGCUGAUGACCGCGUCAAAUUUCUUCGUGAGGCAGCAAUUAAUGGUCAAUUUCUCCAUCAAAAUGUCGUUCGUCUCUAUGGCGUCGUCACCGUUGGAUCUCCGAUACUUUUGGUUUCGGAAUACAUGGAAAAUGGUGAUCUCAGCACUACCUUGAGGAACAGAGACCAGAGUAUGCAGCAAGUGUGGCGUGAAUAUCUUGUGUCACAUGAUCUAGUUGUUGUUUUUGAUAGGCGUAGCGGACAGUGUUGCCUUUUGGACUUUAACAGAACCUUACUGAAAAUGUGUCGUGAUAUCGCAAGUGGAAUGGAAUAUUUUUCACGCAAGUAGUUUGUUCACAGAGAUUUGGCUGCAAGAAACAUUUUGGUGAACAAAGAGCUGACUUGCAAGAUUGCAGAUUUUGGCAUGGCACGCGACGUCUCUGACGACAGCUGCUACACGACAAAAGGCGGGAAAGUCCCAAUAAGAUGGUGUGCUCUUGAGGCUUUGAAUUAUAACCAAUAUUCGUCUGCCAGCGACGUGUGGAGCUAUGGAAUUGUCCUCUUUGAAGUGUGGACAUUGGCACUACGUCCUUACAAUCGCAUGACAAACAACAAGGUGAUAAAUAGGGUUGACCUUGGAUAUCGCCUUCCUCCCCCUCCAGGAUGCUCUCGUUCUCUUUAUCAUCUCAUGAUUGACUGUUGGCAUCCUUACUCCGAUGAAAGACCGAGUUUUGGAAACAUCGUGCAGAGGCUUCGAGUGUCUGACGAAUUUCUUUUGAAUAACAGAAAAGAAGAGGAAGGGAUUGAAGGUAAACUCGGAGACAAGCUGGACGUGUCAGAAAACUGCUACACAGACUUGCAACACAUCUAUACAAAAUAUUUAUUGUGAAACAUCGUAUAUAUUAUAAACUGGUACGCAAUGUGUAAAUAAAUCUUGUAAAAUUUUGCUAUUCUAUUCUAGCUAUCUGAGUGAUGGUUGCUAAAACUAGUUAUUGCACUAUUGGUAUUGUAUCUACAAUUGGACGUUGUC